UUAAUUAAUUGUAAAAAUGAAUACCAGUGGUGUAUUCGGAUGUAUAAUGGAUAUCUCAACGAUUUAAGUUGUUGUGUAUUGUGUAUUGUAAUGGAACUGAGAGUCAUGAUCACGUGCUAACACAACAUAUGGAUGUGCAAAACUGCUGCAUUCCUCCAGAAUGCAGAACGCUACAGUGGGUCGUCCUCUAUUUGGAGGGGCCCUGUCAGCCACCAUCCCGCACAGUGCCAAAGACAUCAGGUGAGACUAAAUAUCAUGAACACAUUUCUAUGGGCAACUCUGUCAGCUGCGGAGGGAAAGCUGAACUGUCUCAAGAGCACAUUUACCCCCUCCCUCCCUUGUAUAUGAGCAGUGAGUUGAGGGAGAUUCCAGACAACCAGGAGAUUUUUGCCCACGACCACAAUGACCAGAGCAUCAUCGUGGAACUACUAGAGUUACAGAGCCAUGUCCAGAAUGGAGACGCUGCUAGGUACCACUUUGAGGAUGUAGCAGGGAGCAACAAGGCAUCGGCCCCAGGGACAUCAGAGGCCAGGGCUGUGGUGGCCUUGCCCAAGUCAGACCUCUCCCUGGAGGAGUGCAGUUCUGCUUUUCUGCUCACUGGAACACAGUGUGUGGCCAAGUUCAAUGAGGAAGCCAAAAAUACAGUGACCAUUCACCUUGGCCUGUUCCGACUACCACAGUUCUCUACGGAUGUUCUAGUGACCUUCAACGACCCCCUCAGCAUAAGCCCUGGAAGCAGCAGUGCAGUGGGGAUGGGAGGAGAGCAGCAGGAGGACACAGAGCCAUGGACGCUACAGGACUUCCAGUGUUUACUGCAGUCUCUCAGACUACACGACCCAGGCGUGUUUGGGUAGAAGAGGGCUUCAGGUCCAGGCCACCACACCGCUUCAACAGACAUUGCCAUUACACUCAUCUCCAAUAUUUUUGUUCUCUCAGACGGACAUAAUGUAAUAUACUGGUCACAGUAAAAACCACUCAAGAUUGCGCUUUGGUUUUGUGUGUCUUCUCAUGGUAUCAUUUGUGUUUACUUAAAUUGUAUGAACUUAGCUUAUGCUGAACAAAAAUAUAAAUGCAACAUGUAAAGUGUUGGUCCCAUGUUUCAUGAGCUGAAAUAAAAGAUCCCAGAAAUGUUCCAUA